CUAACCCAUCUCAGCCGGACGUAGACCACUGAAGACAGCAUUCCAUAGAAAACUGGUAUACACUUCGUACGUUCCUCUUGCACAGAUAUGGAUUACCUUGCUCCUGACUUAGCCUAUCUGAAAGCACAAAAGAAGAACAGUGGUGUACAAAGAAUAUAGAAGUGGACAACAUAAAAUCAAGCAGAAAGUCAUGGCGCCACCUUUGUUGUUCUUGAGACGGCCAGAAUAUAAAUGGAUGAGAGUUUUUCCAGGAAGGACUUCGGUAUAGGUUUUCGCUACGGAUGCUGGAAAUGAACUAGGUAUCACGCUAUUGAAGGUUGAGGUUGACAAGGAAUCGCACUACUGGAGUUUGAGGUUGACAACGCAACACACUACUGAAGGCUGAGGUUGACAAUACUGCUGAAGGUUGAGAUCGACUAGAUAUCACGCUAAUAUUAAAGUUGACUAGAUAUCAGGCUACUGAAGUCUAAAGUCAACUACAUACCACGCUACCUGAAGUCUGAAACUACAGUUCUGCUAAAACUACAAGGUGACUAGGGAUCACGCUAUGGAAGUGACAGAAGCUCUCAAUGCAUCCUCAUCAACCAACAACACUCCUGUGGAUAGGCAGUUGGCGGACAUAUACGCAAUACACAACCCUGGUCAGGCCGCUGUGGACAAGUACGUCACUCCCAUUAUAUACAUACUUGGCUUUCCCGGAAAUAUCCUGGCUUUCCUCGUUUGGAUAGGAAAGCGCAUGCGCCAUUCAUCCGGAUGUUACCUGGCAGCUUUGGCGCUCUCUGAUCUAAUGUUCAUGGCGUUACACGUUCUGUUCGAAUUGGUGAAUGUCUGGAAUAUGGCCAUUUUAGACGUGCCUAUCAUCUGUGAAAUGUAUGCUGUAUUUUUUCUGUGGUCUCAGUAUUACUCCCCUUUGCUUGUUCUCGGCUUUACUGUGGAGCGCUACAUUUCCAUUUGCCACCCGUUCAGAAGGGAGAAACUGUGCACCACGCGGCGUGCAGUUAUCGUUAUCAUCCUGCUGUGCUUAUUGUCAUUGGGAUUAUGCGCUAUUCAGGGAUAUUUCUUGAUGUAUGAUUACAAUCAACAAAUCUGUACUAUGAGAAAAAGCGUUACUGACGGGGGUGUCGAGUCUGUUUGGUCCAUUUGGACAUGGGUGACAGAAAUGCUUAUUUUUCUGCUUGUUCCGGUUGUGGUACUGGGUGUUAACAUCCGGGUCAUCAAGGAAGCACGGCGUAUCGGUCGCGAAGAGUCCAUGCGCUCCUUGAAAGGAACGCCGCGAAAAAACUCUGCCACGACACUGAUGCUUCUGGCCGUGUCCUUUUAUCUGAUAGUGACUACUCUACCGGUGUCUAUCAUGUACGCUUUAAACUAUUCAUUCUUGGAAGGAAGAUUGUCGAUGACGGACGAAGAAAUAGAAAACGACGUAACAUGGCAGCAACAUUUUGCUUACUUGCAAGCGCGUGCUGUAAUUCAGGAAAUCGGGCUCACGCACUACGCUUGCAACUUUUAUAUCUAUUGCAUAACCGGUAAAAUAUUUCGCGGAGAGCUGUGCAAAAUGAUAGCCUUUGUUCGCUGUAAAGCGUGGAGUAAAGGUGGCAUGCUUGGCGAGCAUACUCGGUACUAUAGCACAGCAGAAACAACAGUUGCCUUGAAUACUUGCACCACUGCUAACGGUAGGAGUACUCAGUCGACGCCAGAGACGUCAGUGUAA